UUGAUUGGUCGGAAUAAAGCUGUUUGAGAUCCCUAACAAAUUAACAUAGUGUUUCAUUAUUUUGGUGGUGUUACAGUUGUAUUUUUAUAUUUCAGUAACUUUACAUUCUGUGAGCUUUCUGUAGCUUCUCUGAUAAAACGCUUGAAUAAGGAGGGAUAGAUUGUGUUCAGAGCAUUCGUGCGUAAACUUUUUCGCUAAACCUUUUAGUUAGCAUUUCAGCUAACUUCGCGUCACGAAUAGUGAAGUGAAAGUGCGCAAAUAAAUUUGAAAUGCAAAUUGUCAUAGCCUACACAAAAAAUGUAAUAUAAUGAGGUGAAUCCGUGAUCUUUUUUGUAGCUAGCUAGCUGCUGAACUGCGCUGGACUCUAUAUACGUAGGACUUAAAAUAGGAAUGUUGUCCACCGAUCGUGGAAGUCCAGUGGCGCCUCUCUCAGAGGUUGUUGACGCAGUGUCACCCGUGAUACCCCCUGCAGCAGCACCUUCUUUGGAAAAAUGUGCCGCUUGCGGGACAAUAUUAAGGCCUAGUCGAAGUCCUCAACUUCUUCCUUGUUUGCAUUCUGUGUGUAAAGUGUGCGUACCACCGCCAGUGGGUGUCGAGGAAAGCAAGAGAGAGUGCCCCAAUUGCAAAAGGUCUUAUAAUACCCUUGAGGUCACGGACAAUCCAUUGUUAAAGGAUUCCACCAAUGGACCGGGUACACAUCGACUUGCCAAGUGUGCGGGGUGUGAGGACACAGCCAUCAGUGGCUGGUGUGUUGAGUGUGGCGAGGCUCUGUGCUCCAUCUGUGUGUCUGCACACCAGAGGGUGCGGGUGACCCGUGAGCACACGGUCCUGCCCCAGAAACUACCCCCAGGAUUCAUCCCCACCUUAUACUGCCCCACACACAGAGAAGAGCCAAUGAAGCUGUUCUGUGUGUCAUGCAAUCAGCUGACAUGUCGGGAUUGCCAGUUGACCUAUCACAGGAACCACGGCUAUCAGUUUCUGAAUGAGGCGGUGACUGCACAGAGGGAACAGAUUGAGUCUCUGAUGGUGAGGGUCAGACAGCAGCGUGCAGUGGUGAAGCAGACUCUGCUGGACUUGGAUGGAAGACUGCAGGACUUACAGGACAUGAAAUCCAAAGCGAAGAGUAAACUGCAGAAAAUGCUGAUCUAUAUCCGCUGUGCCCUGUUGAAGAGAACCGCAGAGCUGUUUAAGAACGUUCAGGAUUUGUGUGGGUGUGAGGCGCAGAAAAUCACGGAGCGGCAGAAUGAUCUGAGAACGAUGGACGAGAGACAGGAGUACAUCCUGUCCUUCACAGAGAGAGCUCUACAGAUGGAGAACCACUCGGCUCUGCUCUCCUGUAAAAAACAGAUCCAGUCCCAGCUGCAGGACCUUCUGUCCCAAAGUGCCUUUCCCCCGGCCUCUAUGAUAGAUGUGAGAUUGCAAUUCGACCAGCAGUCUUGCUGCCAAAUCGCCACAGUUGGUAAAAUCGUGUCAAACGAAGUCCCCUUUUUCCGCAAAAGACAUGAUGCUGUUCCAAAGAAGUCAUCACUUCCCCCUGUUCAAAGGCAAAAUGUUCAUCCUGCACCCUCCUCCUAUCAACCCUAUUCUACUACCCUUCCUGCCCCCUCUCCUUCGCACAGCCCCCUCUUUUCUCCCCAAAUCACCCCCACCUCUGUGUGCAGUUUGUCCGUUACCUCGGAGUCUACUGCCGCUUCCCACGCCCCCCUAGUGUCCGUUUCACAUCAGUCCUCCUCCGCGUCGACACUCCCUUCCAACUCAUCCAUCACUCCUCCUCCCCCCUACUCCGCUCGGGCUCAGACCUCAGCUCCCUCAGCCCCCGACUCCUUCCCCAGGGCUCAGGGUCAGCCCUCUCGACAGCGCAGAAACAAGCAGACCUGGUCCUUUCAUCCCUACCAACCCAAAAAUGACAAACUGGCUGGGCAGCAGCCAAACCCCUGCUCCGCUGAGCCUCCUCAGCAGCUGGGGAGGGUCAGUGCCCCUGCCCCCUCCCCCCUCCCUGAGUCUCAGUCCCCCCCUGUCUCUGUCCUGCCUGUGGUCCUCUCCCUGCUGGCUCCCAGCAUCCUCCAUACCUGUCCGGAGCAGUGGAACGCACACGCGGUGCCAAACGCAACGGCUGGAUCGCAUACCGCCCCACACGGGCCUUGGUCUGAAAUCUGUUCCACGGAGCUGGCCGAAUUAACCGGCCGCGUUUGGCCUGACAAAGAAGAGCAGCAGUCCAAGCCGCUGCAGUGCGUCCUGCCCAUCAAAGCGCCUGCGGAUUCCCCGUGCGAGAGGGCGCCCCCUGCUGGCUGCGAGAGAACGGCCGACUGGAGCCCUCCCGCCACCGAGAACGAGCCCACCUCCACCGUGAAGGAAACGGACGCCGCGCUUCCUCAGGUCGAGGGGGCGGAGCUUCCCUGCGCCGCAGGGUCACCUGAUAGCUGGCGUGCCGGUGACACAGACGCCACCUUCACCAACGGAACCAGCGCUCCGCUCUGCGCUGAAGUCCCAGCAGCCCUGGGGCACGCAGGAGCUGUCCCUGAGGACCCAGCUAACACUACAGCGGCCCACGCUCCCUCGGUCCCCACGCUUGAUUUAGUCGUGACUGUGGGGGCUCCCCGAGAGCCUCAGCCAGGCCACAGCUCUCCCACCUUCAGCCACUCCCUCCAGAACCAGGCGGAAGUCAGAGUGCAGUCCUGUCCUCAGCCUGACCAUCCCUCCACACUGUCCCUCCUGAAGGAUCCGCACAGCCUGCAACUCUCCAAUCAGGACAGCAGCAAGCCUGCAGAAGAACCCUACUUCCAACCAAUCAAAAUGCAGCAUGAAGAGGGCAAGGCCUCCAGCUCAAGAAACUGUGACUCAAAGUCAGCUGCCAGUCAACAGGCCCCACCCAUCAGGGCGGGACCGAUUGAAAUCCGCGUGCGUCAGUUACAGAAGUGCACCGCAAGGCUGCCUGCCACUUUAAGGGAAAUACUUGAAGCUAACCACUCCCUGGAAGAUUCUGCAGUUUCCGAGAAACAUCCAAUUUUACGACAGCUGCUUGUGGGCGCUCCCAUUACAUUACAGUACACUCCCGAUGCUGAGGCUGUGGCGACAGACCAGACAGACUAUCGCGGCUCCCCUGUAGAGACAGAGAAGACUGAUGAUGAUGAAGAUGGUGAAGACAAUUUUGGCACAGGCCUCAACAGUGAGAAUGAGGAAUCAGGAGGACCAAUUAGCAGGCCCUGUCUUCCCUGGGUCUCUGUGAUGCGGUUGCCCAUCUCUGUUCCCCCCUCUGGUGGCCCAAUGCCCCAGUUCAGACUGCUCCCUGGCACAACUGAAGACGAAAUCCUGCUCCAGAUGAUCGAGGAUGAUCAGUUCCCAGACGGCCAAUCAGCUCAAGCUACUAAGAAGAGGCUGUCAGAUCAGUCAAAGGCAAAGCUGAUUGUGCUUAGAGGCCCCAAAGCCAACCCCACUCAGCCCCGAAAGUCUCGUCAAAGAGCCAAUCACUGCCCUGCUCUGCAGCCUGAGGGCUCAAGCCGCCGUCCCACCCAGUCUACCCACAACACCGUGCGGCUGUGCUGCGCUGCCUGUCGGGUAGCUGGAGGUCUGACCGUGUGCGUGCAGUGUGGGAGGGGCUUCCACAGGGACUGCCACAUCCCACCAAUCAGCUCCGCCUCCAGCAGUGCGGACUGGCAGUGUAUGCUGUGUCGGGACCUGUCGGACGUAGGGGACCUGUACAGCGAUGAGAGACCCAGACUGCCCUCUCUCAGCCUCCUGGACCAGAGGAAAUGUGAGCAUCUCCUUCUCGCCCUGAUGUGUAAGAAGUACAGCAGUGUCCUGUAUCGCAAAGUAGAGCUGUCCUCACAUUACAUUGACAUCACACUGAUUCGUGGACGAUUGCUUCAGAAGCUGUCUCCUCCAUAUCGGACCCCUUCAGAGUUUGUCUCUGAUAUAUGGGUUCUCUUGGAAACCCUGUCAAAGAAUUCAGAGGAGAGCGGCCUGGUGUUCAGGAUGCAGAAAUACUUCCAGAAGAAGCUGAGCAGAGCGUUUGGGGACGCGCUCCACCCAUCCCUGCUGAAGUGCCCCGGGGCGGAGGACGGCGUGACGGAGCCAGACGCCGGGGCUGAGACGGGGAAAGUCCGGGAGACGCUGAAGAGGAUGCGGGAAUUCAUCGCUGCGUACCGCCCCGCGUUGGCCAAGAAAGUCUGCAAGGACGUGGGGACGGAGCCAAAGGAAGAGAGCCGGGACUCUGUAUAAAGACACUGACUCUGCGCUGUCCUGCCAUGUCUCUAAGGAUCUACCUCAGGCCCUCCUUGUGCAUAGGAGAACACUGAAACGUCAUGCAAACUCCCACCAUCUCCGUUCACACAUUUGGUAGACGGCACUGUUCUAGUGUGACCUUGAAUACCAGUGGUAACCAACCCUGUUCCUGGAGAUCUGCCAUCCUGUAGGUUUUCAUUCCAACCCAGCACAACGCAUUCAACAGAUAAAGAUAUUGUGGAGAGAGUCAGGUGUGCCAAAUUAGGGUUGGAAUGAAAAGCUACAGGAUGGUAGAUUUCCAGGAACAGGGUUGGUUAUUACCAUUGUAAAAAGUAUUGGCCUGGAAUUAUGUGAAUUUGAUCCAAUUUACACUGCACUACAUGCUAAACGCAUACAAGUUUCAACAUUUGACAUGUAUGAGGCUACAAUUUACAGUGUUUUGGGUGAGGGUCCCAAUCUGCUCUCAUAGCCAACACCUGAUGAACUAAGCCAUGUGAGCCCCUUACGAUUGAUUUACAAAGAUGUUUUAUACAGUAUUUUGUUCCAUGCAUUAUGCGACUCCUGUAGCCUGUUGAAGACCUGUUGCUGUUUGGGGGCUAAUGCAGUACUGAGGGUGAGGGUCAGUGUGAGGGUGUUUCUAUUUUGGUGGUGAAGUUCACCUUUCAGUCCGUUUGGUUCAUUAUAGGAAUGAUUUUUUUUUUUGUGCAAGUAUCUUGUGUAAGGCAGUGGUUCCCAAACUCAGUCCUGGGGGCCCCCUGUGUAUGCUGGUUUUGGUUCAAUCCCUGAAAUUUGACAAGAGGUUAGUUUUCAUGUUUAGAGGAAUUAUUUUAACCCUUGUUAACUAUAUUAUGUCAGAAAUGGCUAUGCAUGGCAUGAAGAGUAAUAAUCCUUAUUGCAAACCAAAAAAUGUAUAAAUGGACCAAAUUAGGUGAAUCAAUAGGCUCAUAAUUAGGUCAUUCAGCAUGUGUUUCAGUUUGUUAUUAACACAUUGCCGGUUUGACUCGUUAUUUGCUUUGUUUUUGAACUCUUCAUUAUCUACCAAAUGGUUAUUGGUAGAAUAAUUUUAGCAGUUAGCCUAUUGAUUCACUCCAGUCUUUAAUGUGAUGAGUUAUAGCAUAUACAAUAUACAAUACAGCAUAAUAAGCACAACAUUAACAUAAGACUAUUAUUCUUCAUGGAAUGUUUAGCUAUUAAGAGGGUAAAUUAAUCCCUCAAGACAUGAAGCGCACAAAAUUCUGGAAUUGCAACUGUGUUUUGAACCAAAACCAUUAUAAACGGCGCCCCCAGGAUCGAGUUUGGGAACACUGCCUUAAGGGUCUCUUCUCUGUAUAUUUAUAUUGGGCUCUAGGCAGCAUCUUUGUUUAAACCUUUGUUGCUAAUAAAUUAAUUUCCCUUUGGUGGGGAAAAGCUCAUUUAUUUGGGAAUUUGACUUCACUUUUAUAUCUCAGAAGUACUUGAAGUUUCAGAAAUGAUCAUUUCUGUCUGUUGAUUUUGAGUAGAUUAUGAGAACAGUACACUGUUGAAUAAUAAUUGUUAGGACAUUUAUUCUACAGGAGUCCAUAUUUGGACAGUGACACUAUUUUUGUUUUGCCUCUGUAUUCCAGCCCAUUGGAUUUGAAAUGAGUGAAUUAGUAUUAAUAUUAAUAUUAACAUAAUUAAUCAGUUAUUGUAUUUUGGUCUUGACUUUUAAUUUGUAAGAAUGGUAUCUGGGAGUAUAUUUAAACUAUUGUCUGCAUAAGAAAAAUGGACCUGCAAGUGUUCAAACGGUAAACAGGAAAGGACUUGCAUAUGGCUUCCUAUAGAACAAUCACUUGUUCAAUCACUGUCUCUUUGUCUGCACAUUUUUAUGCAAUAUUCCAAACUAUUUUAACAAACAGUUCAUUAAUUCCAUAAUAAGUAUAUAAAUGGGGUCAAACAAUCUUAUGUCAUCUUUUUCUUAUAUGGUAGACUUCCCAAAUUCCAAAUGUAUCCUUUUGGGAUUACUUCUGGGCAUUGGUGGAAAUGUCUUAAAUCCUCAGGUACAGUAUAGAUGGAAUUUUAACUGGAAUGCAUUUAUAUUGGCUAAAAGCAUACAUUUUUGUAUAUAUAUUUAUAUGCAUAUAAGUUAUCUUGCUCCUAACAUUUGAAAUUUACUUGCACUUUGCUGUCUGUUCAAUUGCUCAUCCAAUUUGGGAGUGUUUUGCUAUUGUACAGAAUAAAAACUUGACUAUGCACA